CAAAAAUGUCGGGCUGGGCUACAGUGGCUUUCUGGAGCUCCGGGCAGAAGUUUCAAAUUUACGAUUAAACAGUUAUAUAGAUUCACGACAAAUAUAACAAUAACCUCACAGAUUCGUCUUUUCUAAAGCCCGUGAAACGGAAGUUGAGCUUGGAGAGCUGAAGUGAAGAUUGAAGACGUGAUAGAAGAUGAACCACUGCUAUGCUAAGAUGGCGACGUCCAGUCAAAGAGAAGGCGGAAGAGAAUCAGCGCCACCAACUCCCAGCAAAUCAUCAACGGAGAAACAGCCCAAAAGUGCAUAUAACGACGUCCAGCUGCCAAUUGGUCAUCAAGAAGAAGAUCCCACUCAGCAGCACGGGUGGAGCUCCACUUUGAAGCAGGAGGAUCCACCGCCCCCCCGUGUUAAAGAGGAAGAAGAGGAGCCGCCAUCCCCUCACAUGAAAAAGGAAAAGGAGGAGCCACAGCCCCCCUACGUUAAAGAGGAAGAGGAGGAACUCUGGAUCACUCAGGAGGGAGAGUUCCAUGUCUGGCCAGAGGAGGCUGAUCUCACCAAGUUGCCACUGACUGUUGUUUCUGUCAAGACUGAAGACUAUGACGACAAACCACCCGAGUCCACACAGCUUCAUCACAGUCCAAGUGAGGAGAACAGAGGGGCGGAGCCUUCAAGCAGCAGCUCACCACAACACAUGACAACAGAAGCUGAUGGAGACCACUGUGGAGGACCACAAACAGACAAGCUCUCAGAUCCACUAUCAGAUAGUGACAACACAACGUCACACUCUCCUAAAGAUGAAGAAAGGGACGGCAACCAAGAUAUGACGUCUCGCACUGACAACAAACACUCUAAAUGUUCUAAAAAGAAGACGGGUAAAAAAUGCUAUACUUGCUCAAUUUGUGCUGAGACAUUUACUCAAAAGUCCACUUUGACUCAACACACAGAAAGCACACACAAAGGUGAAAAACCUUUCAGUUGUGCAGUUUGCAACAAACGAUUCUCUCAAAAGUCAUAUGUAGCAUUACACAUGACAAAACAUACAGGAGAAAAACCCUUUAGUUGCUCAGUUUGUGCUGAAAGCUUUUCUACUAGGUAUUAUUUGGCUCGACACACGCUGAUACACACAGGAGAAAAGCCCUUUAGUUGCUCAAUUUGUGCUGAAAGCUUUUCUAGUAGGUAUUAUUUGACUCAACACAUGCUCACACACACAGGAGAAAAACCCUUUAGUUGCUUAGUUUGUGCUGAAAGCUUUUUUUGUAAGCCUCAUUUGACUCAACACAUGCUGAAACACGCAGGAGAAAAACGUUUUGGUUGUUCCGUUUGUGGUCAAAACUUCCUUCAAAAGUCACAAAUGGUAUCACAUAUGAGAAAGCACACGGGCGAAAAACCCUUUACUUGCUCAGUCUGUAGUGCAAGCUAUUCUAUAAGAAGCAGUUUGACUUAUCACAUGCUAAAACACAAAGAAGAAAAACCUUAUAAUUGUUCCGUUUGUGGUCAAGGCUUCAAUAAAAAGUCACAAAUGGUGUCACAUAUGAGACAGCACACAGAAGAAAAACCCUUUUGUUGUUCAAUUUGCGGUAAGAGCUAUUCUUUCAGGAAUAGCUUUACAUAUCACAUGACAACGCAUAAAGAAGAAAAACCUUUUGGUUGUUCUGUUUGUGGCGAAGCCUUCCUUGAAAAGUCACAAAUGGUGUCACAUAUGAAAGUGCACGCAGGAGAAAACCCCUAUAGUUGCUCAGUUUGUGGUGAAACAUAUUCUAACAAAUGCAGUUUGACUUAUCACAUGGUGAAGCACAAAGACAAAAAGCCUAUUAAUUGUUCCGUUUGUGGCAAAGGAUUCCCUAAAAAGUCACGUAUGUUAGUGCACAUGCGAAAGCACACAGGGGACAGACCUUUUAGUUGCGCUAUUUGUGGUACAAGAUUCUCUAGACGUGAAAAUAUGGUCUCACACAUGAGAGUACACACAGGAGAAAAACCCUUUUGCUGCUCAGUUUGCGGUGAAAGCUUUUCUCAGCGAAAGCGUUUGACUUACCACAUGCAGAAACACAAAGUUAAAAAGCCCUUUAGUUGCUCAGUUUGUGGUAAAAGUUUGUCUGGGAGACAAGCACUUAUAAACCACACAAAAGCUUGCCAAUCACGGUUGGGGCCAGCCACAGAAACAUUUUUGCAACCAAACAUACUUUGAAUGGUCCUUAUUCCAACAGAUAACUAAUGAUCGGUAUUGGAUAUGCAAUCUGAUCAUGUGAGAUGUGAGUCGAAAUGGCCUAUGUUACGUGUACAAUAACACUUUUAUUAUAUUUCUUUGCUAAUAUCUCCACAAUAUGACCUGUUAAUCAUUUUUAAAUAUAUGGGAUGUUCAAGAUCAGUUAAAUUUUUUAUAAAAGCAAUUGAUGAGAUAUGUUAAUCAGAUUUGUUUUAUGUACUCAUUGGUAUCAGUUUUUCAUUUGUAUUUUUCCAGGUGCACUGUUAAUGAAAUAGGUUCUGUUAAAUAAAAGGGACGGGCCAAUCCCCUGGCCACCUCAUUCAGCAGAUAUCACUGAGCCAGGUGAGGUGGCUCAGGCACGUCAGGCCUGGGGGAAGACCCAGGACACAGAGACUAUGUCUCUCAACUGGCCUGGGAACACCUCGGGAUCUGCCGGAAGGAGCUGGACGAAGUAGCCAGGAAGGGCGAAGAAGAAUGCGUAAAGUUAUAAGCGAAACACUCUACAACAGGGGUCCCCAAACACCGGGCCACAGCCCAAUACCGGUCCGUGAGUAGGGCCGAACUGGGUCUUGAGGAACUUUCAGAAGCAAUGUUUUAAAAAAGUGGUUGGCAAUAAGGGCUAUUAUGUUGUUGAAAAAAGAAUAUACUGUUAGAAAGUGCGUAGUUUUUGCAUGUUUUUGUCGUUUCGUUCAUUAUGUUUAUUAAUAAGCUCCUUUUCUGAGACCCUUAUUGUGUUCUGUGCAGUCAGACGGGAUGUAACACACAAAGUGUGUUGUUGGUCUUUGAGGUCUUGAUGGCUGUAAUGUGUAAUGGGAAG